AUGUCGCUAUUUUCUGUGUAGAAUAAAUUAUAAACUGUAUUUCAGGAGAGAGAGAGAGAGAGAGAGAGAGAGAGAGAGAUGUCUCUGCGUAUUUGCGCUCGGAGAUAAAUCCCCGCCAUUUUAUUUUAUUUUAUUUUUUGUUUCCGAGCUUCUGUGAGGCGCGCGCUGAGAAAGGCUGAUGAAACAGAGCAGUUGUCUUUAAAAGCGCAUCGUUAUGAGUAACUGGACGAACGCGUCCACCUGUUUGUGCGCCGUGGACGCGCCGGAUAACGCAACAGAGACAGAUCUGGACUUGGACCUCGAAUACCCGGUCCAUCUCUAUCCUGUGCCGGUGUUAACAGGGAUAACCGUGACCUGCUCGCUACUGUUCCUGGUCGGGAUCAGCGGAAACCUGCUGACCAUCUUGGUGGUGCUGAAGUACAAGGACAUGCGGACCACCACUAACCUGUACCUGUGCAGCAUGGCGCUGUCGGACCUGCUGAUCUUCCUGUGCAUGCCGUUGGACCUGUACCGGGUGUGGCGCUACCGGCCCUGGAACCUGGGUGAACAUCUGUGUAAGCUCUUCCAGUUCGUCAGUGAAAGCUGCACCUACUCUGCAGUGCUGAGCAUCACGGCGCUGAGCGUGGAGCGCUACGUGGCCAUCUGCUUCCCGCUCCGGGCCAAAGUGCUGGUGACCCGCGGGCGUGUGAAGGCGCUCAUCCUGCUGCUGUGGCUCGUGGCUCUGUGUAGUGCCGGACCCAUCUUCGCUCUGGUGGGCGUCGAGCACGAGAACGGAACCGACCCGCACGAGACCAACGAGUGCAAAGCGACCGAGCGCGCCAUCCGGUCCGGACUGCUGACCGUCAUGGUGUGGAUCUCCAGCGUGUUUUUCUUCCUGCCCGUGCUGUGCCUCACUGUGCUCUACAGCCUCAUCAGCCGCACUCUGUGGAGGAGGAAGAAGAACCCGGUGGGUCCCAUGUCGAGCCGGGACAAAAACAACACGCAGACGGUGAAGAUGUUAGCGGUGGUGGUCUUUGCGUUCGUUCUCUGCUGGCUGCCGUUCCACUUGGGCCGCUAUCUGUUCUCCAAAUCAUCUGAAGCUAAUUCUCCACUAAUUACUCAAAUCAGCGAGUACUGUAACCUCGUCUCCUUCGUCAUGUUUUACUUCAACGCCGCCAUCAACCCCAUUCUCUACAACAUCAUGUCCAAGAAGUACAGGGUGAUGGCCUGCAGGCUGUUCGGCGUGAGAUGCACUCAAGAGCGCUUGAAGUCGACCGGGCUGAAUUCGGAGAACUGUCCUGUGUGGAACGAAUCCAGCGGAACCACAUGACGGAGGAGCAGUGGGUUCUGCUCUGAGGGCUGAGAGGAUUUAUACAGAAAACCUUUUCAGCCUUCAGGUUUUUUAAAACUGGUCUAAAAUCACCGAGAGGUUUGGGACGAGACAAUCAAACCUGUUUCAUUAUUCCGGUGAAACCUUUUAUCUUCACCAUAAACCCUGAAGCAGAUCUUCACACUGCAGAUUUAUUCGACCUCGGAGCUGAUGGGAAUAAAAGCCGCCGGGUUUUACCUCAGCACUUUGGGGUUUUUUUUUUUUACAGCGACUUUUGCUAAACUGUUGUCAUGUUUGUAGAGUUUUUAUGCAUCCACACAAAAAUGCCUUAAACCUCGUGAGUUACUGGAGGACAGUGAGCACUGUAGAUGAAGCGCUGCAGCAGGUUUGUACCCUAAAGCAGGGAAACACAAUCCUGCUGCCUGAUUACACACACACACAUCACACAUCACACCUCAGUUCUGCUUCAACGUUCAGCUCAUGGUGUAUCUACAGCACUGUGCAAAAGUCUUGGCACCUUCGAUUUGACAUAGACCUUAACAUUAAAUCCUUGUAAGCUCGAGCAGCUUCGGUUCUGUGUGGAACAGAAGGUUUACUUUUCUGCAAAUGUUCCAUUUAUAAUUUUAUUAGAAAGCAGAAACUCUCAAAUUAUCUACAGAAACCUUUUCUCCUUUUUUAGUUCAAAGUGUGAAGGUUCUCCGACGCUCCGGAACCUUUCAGUAAAAUGAGACUGAUGAAGAUUUAAAGGGAAUAAAAAACAAAUCUGUACCUUCUUAUGUUUAUGGCUCUUUAUGGAUCAUUUUUAAAUAAAUAUUCACAAAAUAUGUCUUUACAUUUUCUUUACAACGAUG